UAUCCAGGAGGACUCGAACCCGAGACCUCCCUUAUUGGUAGGGGGUUAAGAAGCUUAGCUGUAAGAGAAGGGGGGGACCAAUGAUUAUGAUUUUCUUUUUGGUGUCCAAUUAAUUGAGUGGAUUCUUAUGACCCCUUAAGCUUUGACUCAUUUUGGACUUCAUUUAUGUGGCUCCCAUGUUUGGUGAUUUUGCUUUUUUCCUUUGAUGGGGGUUUGUUUAAUUUGGUAAUUAAUUGCCAGCAUCAUAUAGGUUCAGAUGCUUUCAAUUGAAUUCAGUAGAAUUUGUGUCGGAGGAAAAAGGUGUGUAAGUUGUGUUGGAGAAAAUACAAAUUGAGUGUAGGGGUGAGAAACAAAGUUGUUGUGUUCUGGAGUUUGGAUCAUUGAUGGCACCGGCUGCGAAGGUUACUGGAUUCUACCGUGAGGGAAAUGACUGGUUUUGCAAUGCAAGUUUGGUCAGUGAUUUUACCUUGGUUGUGGACGGAGUAAACUUCCACCUUCACAAGUUUCCACUUAUGUCGAGAUGUGGAAGGAUUGACAAAAUACUAGGAGCAGCUCAAGGUCCACAUGAAGGGACUUUCCUGACAAUUUUAGAAGACUUCCCUGGUGGGAGUGACAUAUUUUUAGUCACAGUUAAGUUCUGCUAUGGUAUUCGAAUAGAAUAUACCCCAAGGAACAUAGUAAUGAUUUAUUGUGCAGCAGAUUACUUGGAGAUGACGGAGGACUAUGGUGAAGAUAAUUUACUGUUUAAGGCAGAUGCUUACUUUCAUAAGAAUAUUCUGAAGAAUUGGAAAGAUUGCAUAUUAACUCUCCAAAGUUGUGAUUCUGUCAUACCAAGAGCAGACAAGCUAGAGAUCAUUAGUAAAUGCUCGCAUGCUCUCUCUGUGAUGGUCUGCACAGAUCCUAGUUUAUUUGGAUGGCCUAUGUUGUUGUAUGGCUGUUUACAGAGCCCUGGAGGUAGUAUAUUGUGGAAUGGAAUUAACACCGGUGCUAGAAUCCAAGCCAUUGAAUCUGACUGGUGGUUCGAAGACAUCUCAUAUCUUUCUGUGCCAUUAUUUCAGAGAUUAAUUCGAACAAUGGAAGCCAGAGGUAUUAGACAUGAAAAUUUAGCAGGUGCUAUGAUGUACUACUGUAGGAAGUACCUUCCAGGACUUGGCCGGUGGCAGAGUGGGCAAAUUGGUAAAACUAGAACAGUUGCUAGUUUCAGUAUGACACCAGCUGCUGUCGAUCAGAAAGUUCUUCUUGAAAGUGUUUCGAAACAGCUUCCUGAAUUGAAGGGCAAAUCUUUUUGCCGUUUCUUGUUGGGACUUCUGCGAGUUGCCUUGAUACUUGGUGUGCACCACACAUGCCUGGACUCGUUGGAGAGGAGAACAGGAAUGCAGUUGGACCUAGCAUCCCUAGAUGGUUUGCUGAUACCUUCCUACUCAGAUUCUGAUACAUUAUAUAACACCGACUGUGUUGAGCGAAUGAUUCAUCAUUUUAUAUCUUCUGAAUCUGGGAUCACUGCAAUACCUGAUCCAUCUUCAUUUGAGAUAGGAACAUCACCAUCAUCCCAUCCUUUAAGGAGAGUGGCGAAGUUGGUUGACAGCUAUAUUGCAGAAGUUGCAUCUGAUGUGAACCUAAAGCCGGGAAAAGUACGUUCACUUGCUGAAGCUCUCCCAGAAUCUUCAAGAUCUCUGCAUGAUGGGCUAUAUAGAGCUCUAGAUAUAUACUUCAAGGCGCAUCCUUGGCUUUCAACAAAAGAGAAGGAGCAGCUUUGCAACAUCAUCGACUUUCAGAAGCUCUCUAUUGAUGCUUGCGCCCAUGCAUCCCAGAAUGACAGAUUGCCUCUUCGAGUUGUUCUCCAAGUUCUUUUCUUCGAGCAAUUGCAGCUGAGAACAGCUCUAGCUGGUUGCUUCCAAGUCUUGGAUACAGAAAGUGGCCCUGCAGCUCCUGUCACUGGCCCUAGUGACAUGGCAGGUCAAAUUGUACAAAGAGACGGAUGGGUGACAGUCGUGCGUGAGAACCAGGGUCUAAAGGUGGACUUGGAAAGAAUGAAGUCCAGGGUUGGUGAACUUGAAGAAGAAUUCAGCAAAAUCAAACAAGAGAUGAGAAAGGUCACAAAGUCACAUAGUUACCUCAGUUCUCCGCGCUUUCUUGCCCGAAGGAUUGGAUGCAAGCUCCUUCCCCAAUCCUCGGAUACUCAACCAGAUGUGGUUGAAAGCACAGGUCCAACCCCAAGAUCAUCAGUUGAGAAACCGAGAAGCUCAAGACACCGUAAAAGCUCCUCUUUGAUUUCAUGACAAGAAGACUCAGGUUUGAUGUCUAUUCCCCCUGGAGAAUGCCAUUUAUAAAUAUUUAC